GCACGGCGGAGCCUCACUCCGCGCCUUCGCCCCGGCCGCUCCGCACGCGCCGACCUCGCGACUCUCCCGACCGCCAGUGCCGCGAACGUAACACUCACAUCACACUCUAACUUUCGCAACAGUGAACCCGAACUCGGACAAAAGGAUUUGUGAACUCGACUCUAUCAGUGAAAUGUGCCGGCGGUCAAGUCUCGGAUAAACGGACGGGUCACUCGCAGCCAUGGACGACAAGACGCAGACGGGCGGCGAGGAGCACUACAGCCUGCGCUGGAACAACCACCAGGCGCACCUGCUGCGCGCCUUCGAGGCGCUGCUGCACGCGGAGACGCUGGUGGACGUGACGCUGGUGUGCGCCGAGCGCCGCGUGCGCGCGCACAAGGUGCUGCUGGGCGCCUGCAGCCCGCUGUUCCGCCGCAUCUUCAGCGAGAACCCGUGCAAGCACCCCGUCAUCGUGCUCAAGGACUUCCAGGGCUGGGAGGUGCAGGCGGUGGUGGACUUCAUGUACCGCGGGGAGGUGUCGGUGGCGCAGGAGCAGCUGGGCACGGUGAUCCGCGCGGGCGAGUCGCUGCAGGUGCGCGGGCUGGCGGAGCACGAGCGCGCCGAGGAGCUGCGCACGCCGCCGCAGACGCCGGCCAGCGCGGGCGGCUCGGCCGCGGCGUCGCCGCCCGCCAGCCCGGCCAGCCCGCAGCCGCGGCGCAAGCAGGCGCGGCCGCGGCGCCGCUCGGGCGAGGGCGAGGCGCCGGAGAACCUGUCGCUGCGGCGCUCGCCGGCGGGGCUCAAGGCGGUGCGCGUGCGCCCGCGCUCGCCCGGCAAGGACGACGAGCCCGACGAGCCGGCGCCGCCGCGCAUGUUCGCGCCGCACCAGGACAUGUUCCCGCCCGUGCCGCCCGUCGCGCAGCUCUCACUCACGCCCCCACACAGUAUCUAUCAGUCAGAAACGAAGGACAGGGACAGCUACAAUAACGCCAUGGGACAUUUUAAUUUGUUCGGCAUGGACUCUCCACUGGGCCUGUUCCCGCCCGGGAUGGACCACAAGAUGUACCCCAUGAUGGACCACGACCACCGCCCGCCGCAGCUUGACACGCCACUGUUUACCAAUGUUAAGAAGAAAUGGAGGCCGAAGGGCCAGCACAGCGCGCCGCGCGGCGGCCCGCCCCGCUCCUGGACCAACGCCGAGCUCACCGAGGCGCUGCAGCACGUGUGGAACAAGAAGAUGACCACGAGCCAGGCCUCGCGCAUCUUCGGCAUCCCCUACAACUCGCUGCUCAUGUACGUGCGCGGCAAGUACGGCAAGUCGCUCAAGCUGGAGCAGCUGCGCAAGGACUGCAUCGGCGGCCCGCUGGACGCGCUGGCGCUGGGACACAACAACAACAACCACCCGCCCAAAGACAAGGAGGAGCGCCCCGCCAGCUCCGAGCCCGACAUCGCCGCCAGCCCCAUGUUCAACCCCUUCUCGCAGGGCUUCUACCCGGAGUUCCCGCCCGGCUUCCCCAUGCCGCUCAACAUGCUGCACCUGCUGCCGCCGGGCGACAAGCGCGACGUGUACCAGUCCGUGCCGCUCGCGCUCGACUCGCUGUCCGGGACGACUAAAGAGGAGGAUUGUAAGAGCGACCGUUCGAAGGAGAAUUCAGCAGACGAGGAGGGCGAGGCGUACCGCGCGCCGCCGCCGCGCCCGCCCGACGCGCGCCCGCUGCUGCACCACAACGGACAGGACUAACUGCGCUCCCGACGACCCCCGCCCCCGCCGCGCCCCCCGCACCCCGCCACCCCGGCACCCAACCAGGCUGGACCCCUGCGUGAACCGUAUCCUGUAUUUCCUCUCAUGUCGUAAUUACGGCGACAUUUCUCGCAGCAGAACCUUCUUCCGCGUCCCUUCUGUGUAUUCUCUAUUUUACCGGAAGAUAGUUUUGCUGUGCAAAGUGUUGCAUUUAGAUUAAAUUAAUGUUUAGAAUGUGUAAGAUCUUACGAUAUGACCCACGCCGCAGGGGUCCAGGCUGCCCGGUGCCGGCGGCUCAGCCUCAGGCAUCACACAAUGGCGGCAAACGGCGGCCACAUUGAAUUAGUUAAAUUUAUAUUUUAAAAGAUGUGUUAAUAUUGUAAAUGUAUAUUAAAUAUCUUAAUAAGUUUAGGCGGUAAUUUAUUAUUCCGAAGGAGUGCAAUAAUAGUAUGAAAUGUGUUGUGAUUGUUAUCGCUAAGUUGUUCCAUUUCGCGCUCGGUUCCGACGCUAUCAUUUUAUUGUUGAACAUUCCAUACCACAUUCCGAGUUUACUAUAGUUUGUACAUGUUCUUAGUUCUGUGUAAGUUUAGUUCCGCCCUGCCCGGACGCGGUGUGUUAUGUAAUCCGUGUAGAUGUGUGUUACAUGCGAAACUCCACUUCUGCAUUUCACCAAAGUUUGUAAAAUAUUUCGUAAUGAUAGUUAUAUUUCUAAAGUAAACAAUUUUAAAUGUAAAUAUUAUUGAUAUUAUUAUUAUACUUAAAUGGGAGGAUAAAUAAAUUUAACCAUGGUAAGGAGACAUUACGUGUCUAAAAUCGUAAAUAGUAGUUGUAUUUGUAAUUGUUGUAGAGUUAGUGAUGUGAAAUAUACUUACAGUGAACUGUCCCGAGAAUUUCUGGCUCGAGAGUUCCGCGGCGCGAGCUGCCGGCCCCUGCACCAGCAGACUGGCACUUGAGGCUUUAUCGCUGGAUCCACAUAGGUUGCAUUUUACUAUGGUCCCAUACAGCCUCACCCAACAACAGUGCUUAGAUCUGGCGCUACUCGCCUCACUCAGUCGCAAGACCAGUGAAGGCAGAAAGCGCCGGUCGGGAGGCACUCGCGUCACUUAGACAAAUAAACAACCCGCACUCAAUGUUCAAAUCAAAAGGAGCUUCUCAACUUUUUAGUAAAUAAUAAUGAAGUUAGUGUAAAUCGAGGUUCACGGUAAUACUGCCUAGCUUUAGAUAAUUGUAUACAAUGAUUUCAUCAUAAAUUAGGGAUACCAUGUGACUAGAUAGCUCACGUAUUUUCUGUAUAUACGAUUUAUUUAUUGAAUACGCAGUACACUGGAGCCUAGCUGAGUCGGAUGUCUAGUGUAGGAUACCUGUCUUCUCCCUGUUCUGUUCACGUUGUAUACUUUCAUUGAAUUUAUCGAGUUUUCAGCAGUCACUCGCGACAUAGUAUUUAUUGAAGAGCUCGUUUAUAAAACCGCAUCUCUACCACACAAGACUGAUCACUAUUUACUACUAUAUUUUAUAAAUUAUUGUACACAAGCUCUCAGACCCGACGGCCUCUCUCUCCGUAGUUUUACACUUAGCCAUUCGGUUAGUGUCACUUCAAAAUAACAAUAUUAUAAUUACAGGGAUUUUAUAUAAUUAUAAACGAAUUACAAUGUAUAAUUAAAUAUGUACGUACCUACAUAGUUUUAACUGUAGUGACUUGUUGCGUUCUCUCUCUUCUACAAAUUUAUUUUAAUUCUGCUUGCACUCUAAACGUAUAAUUAUUUAACUGCAAUGUCGUUAAAGAUUGAUGUUUCUCUUCAUGCAAACAUUUAACUAAAUGUGCCAAACGACUUUCAACCUUUCAUCAUUCAUAGAUGGUCUCCCUCUUGCAUAGUGCAUCAUCCACAUAAUUCCACAUCGUUAUGUGUUUCCAAGUACCUAAUUACUUGCGUAAAAGUAAUUUAUUUUAUUGUGUUUGUGAUUGUGUUGGACAAUUACUUAAUUCGUACAAAUUGAGCAGUAUUAUGAGUGAUUUUGUUAAUGUUUUAAUUGAAGCGUUUUGAUUAAGUUUUGUUAUAUUUAUUAAUGAUUAAGUGAUAUUACGAAACUGAUUGUUUCACAUGGUUUUUUGGUUGUUAAAUGUAUGACGUACAUUACUAUUGAACUACUUCUUUUAGCCUUCCCGUUCACAACUAAUGAUACGACAUGUAUACCUGUUGUUUUAUUCUGUUCAGUCGCUUUUACUUGGAGUUCCAUUAACGGCCAUCAGGCUAUAACAUAUUUAAAUUAGACAAGUACAUUUAUGUGAAACGCAUCUUUCUGAAGCCAAAUAAGGUUUUGGAUGUAAUUUUAGUUGGUAUAAUUAUAAAAUUUGUGAUUGUAUUAAUUUAGUAGAUUCAAAUAUUUAGUUCCUUGAUUUUGUUACGAAUAUUUAUAAUUGUAAUUACGAUUUACUUUUAGCUCUUAGAUAAUUAUUGUUCGUGCUGAUAAAAGAAAUAUAAUUAAAUAUAAGUUGUGUAAUUUAAUUUGUUGUAUCUUUCUUAAUAUAAUGACAAAUUGAAUAAAUUAAUGAUAUCGUUACAUUAGGAUGUAAAAAAGAUUAUCUAUUUGAUCUUAAAUAAAUAUUACGAAAGUAUUUAUGUUCUAGCAUGAUUCUUAUGUGUAAUUGAAUGAACGAGGAGCGCUGUAGUGAAAUUCGUUUACGCUCAUCGACGUAACGUGUAACAAUAAAAUAUGAAAUCCCA